CCGAAUAUUCCAAUCACAGUGAUUAUUCUGAUAGAUAAGAAGCGAUCACGGACGAUGAUAAUUUGUAAACAGCCAUGUUAGUACAAUUAGUGGCUCCGUGAUCGUGAAAAGAUAAUAGCUGUUGUUGAAGAGAAUCAACAAAGCUGUUUUGGUUUGUGCUCGGAAUGUUACUGCAUUUUGUUAUCAAAUAGUGCGUUAGAACAUGCGCUGAUGCUGUGCGGCUCGCUAUUCCACACUUAUAGUACUUGUGAUAUAUUUUUUCUGUAAUCCUAUAGUUGUGAUUGUUGACUUUAUUACUCUAAAAUAAUAAAUUUCAUUAUGAUUCAGUUCGGUGAAAGUUUUGCGACAACAUGUACGGAUUUAGACUUUUGACGUUCAUCUAUCAGUUUCUUUGGAUUAUAUCGAUUGUGGUUGUGUACGGUGUCGAGGAGGCGGAAUACCUAAACAGUUUUGUGGACCCGGUGAAAUCUGAGCAGAGCAUAUGGCAGCCGCGACACCCCAGGGUUGCAUUCACCACUAACGAGCAACUAGCCUGUGAUAAGCCAAAUGUCUAUAUUUGUGAAGAGCCGCCGGUGACGGUGGCUGCAGACGAGGGGCGGCUUUGCAAUUACCGCAGCGUGCGGUACCACGAGCAGGUGUACCGCUGGGUAGCGGGCCGCGGCUGCCUGUUGUAUACACCCGAUUUCCUCUACGCCACCGGACAAAACCCUAUACAUCUCAGUGCUGGAUGCUUCUACGGGCCUUGGUUCGCGCCUUGCCUUGAAGUCGUAAAAGACGAUGGUACCUGUGGUUGUUACCCGUUCGAUCCGAGCUUCGAGGAAGUGGCGAGUGCAGUGCGGGAGGCCAUCAUCCCGGCCGCGCAUGGCCGUUGGGAGCGUUGCUACUACACUGCCAGCGAUUGCUGCAGCCAUGUCAUGGGAAGUAAUGCUAAUAUUACAGAUGACAGUCAAUGUGAAGCAACCUUCGAUGGCUGGACAUGUUGGCCUCCGGCGCAAUCAGAUACUGUCGUCAACGAAGUGUGUUCAGAAUUCGCAUACUCCAAUGUCGGACCCUCAUGCCAUCAUUUCAGCAACAAACAGUGCUUCUCGAACGGCAGCUGGGAGUUGCAGACGGACUAUACAACGUGCAGCAUCACACCGCGCCUGUUGCGUCGCUACCGCAUGAAUAUCGCCGUGCUCGCAUUCUCCAUUGCCUCCUGCCUUCCCGCUGUCUUCAUAUUCUUCUUCUACAAGCGACUGAGAAUCACACGAGUCGCACUACAUAGGAAUUUGCUAAUCGCUAUCAUUAUAAGAAACGCUCUUGUCAUUGUGAGCAGAAGUGAGGUAUACAUCGCAGAGCUAACCAGCUCAGGUGAGACGGUACUAACACAGCACAGCAUGUGGUGCCGCGCGCUGGCUGUGUGCGAGCGCAUCGCGGCAAACGCGGUCUUCGUCUGCAUGCUGGUGGAGGGCGUCUAUUUACACCGUCUCAUUGUUGCCGUCUUCCGUAGUAAUAUAAAAAUCAGGUGGCUCUACGGCGCCGGUGCUGUAAUUGCGAUAGUCCCGGCGGUAGCUUGGGCUGUUGUGAUGAGCCAGCUCAACGACCAUUCGUGUUGGAUCGUAUACACGGUGGCGCACGUGCAGUGGAUCUUGGAUGCACCGCGGAUCGCCAUACUGCUCAUCAACACGUUGCUCUUCAUAGACAUACUUAGAGUUCUACUUACUAAACUAAGAAAUUCUGAGAACGCUAAUCAGCUAAGUACAGCGAAGGCGACGCUAUUCCUGAUGCCGUUAUUCGGUACACAGUUCUUGCUGACUGCAUUCCGGCCGAGCACCACCGACUGCACAUGGGAGCAACUGUACUACUAUUUCUCGUACACAUUAGAAGCCCUGCAGGGUUUUAUUGUCGCCUUGCUGUAUUGCUACGUUAAUAAAGAGGUACAUGCACUAGUCAAAGCGACAUACAAGAAAACAGAAAAAGCGGUUAAUUCACGCGUCCGGGGUUCAAACCCGCGAAGAAGCCUUGAAGCAAAUUCCACUAGGAGAUUCACCUACAGCACCAACCUGCCAUCACACAACGUUGAUGAUGUUAAAGACCAUUACACUAACAUGAAGCCAAAACUGCACGUUGCUGAAAUUAUGUCCAUACCAGCUACCGAAAGACUUGCUGAAAUAUUAGAUCCUAUAUACGAGACUGUAGAAAAUGGUCUAACAAAUGAAGGUUACGAUUUCCUCAAAAGAGCGGAACACGAUGAUGAUUCAGGUAUAAUCCCGAACAGAGCGUCUAAUGCUGAAAAUGAAGACGGUAUUAAACAUUCCACUGUUUCAUUAGAUUUUCCGCAAUGGAUAGAAAGUAAAAAUGUAGCUAUAGAUUCAUUAAAUGGAGAAACAUUACCUAACACAGAAAACAUUGUAGAUAAUACGGAAUCAGAUCCAAAUUACGAAAUCAUUUCCAUACCGUUAGCAAAAAAUCUUGAAGAUGUUAAAAAUACUGAUAAUCCUAAAGAUGGUAGCAGCGGGAUGGAAUCGGAAUAUGAGGAUUGUGAGAAUAUGCUCGAUGAAAUCAUGCAAUAUAUUGAUUCAAGUGAUAAAGCUGAUGUUGUAUUGGAUCCGGACAUUCUUUCACCGAAUAGGAAAAGUGAAGAUAAAAUACUUUUUGUUAAUGAAUAGAAAUAAAAACUACAGCAAUCUAAAAUCUUUUUUAAA